AUGGCAAUGGUUGAAGAAAAAGGCUCUGCUACUAGUGAACAAGAUUACACUCAAGAUGGUACAGUUGACAUGAAAGGUAGACCUGUUUUAAGAUCAGAAACCGGACGAUGGAAAGCUUGCUCCUUCAUAGUAGGGUAUGAAGUGUUUGAGAGGAUGGCUUACUAUGGGAUAGCAUCAAACUUGGUAAUUUAUCUAACAAGCAAGCUUCAUGAGGGUACUGUGGAAUCUUCGAACAACGUUAGCAAUUGGGCGGGUUCGGUGUGGAUGAUGCCACUUGUAGGAGCUUACAUAGCUGAUGCUAAAUUCGGCCGCUAUUGGACCUUUGUAACUGCAUCAUGCAUUUAUCUCUUAGGAAUGUGUUUGUUGACUCUAGCUGUUUCAGUGACAUCAUUGAGGCCACCGCAUUGUGCAGAAGGAGUUGCAGACCAAAAUUGCCCGCGGGCGUCACCAUUGCAAAGAGGUAUUUUCUUCCUUGCGCUGUACAUCAUUGCUGUAGGAACAGGCGGAACCAAGCCCAACAUUUCAACAAUGGGAGCAGACCAAUUUGAUGAGUUUGAGCCCAAAGAGAGAUCCUAUAAGCUUUCCUUCUUUAAUUGGUGGUUUUUUAGCAUUUUCGUCGGUACCCUUUUCUCCAACACUUUCCUAAUCUACAUACAAGACAGAGUGGGUUGGGCUGUAGGGUAUGGCCUUCCUACCGCCGGGCUUGCCAUUUCAGUAUUGGUAUUUCUGAUAGGAACUCCGUUAUAUAGGCAUAAAUUGCCCUCAGGCAGCCCUAUAACUAGGAUGCUCCAAGUCUUUGUGGCGUCGAUCAGAAAGUGGAAGGCACGAGUCCCAGAUGAUCCGAAAGAGCUACAUGAGUUAAGCAUAGAUGAGUAUGCAUACAAUGGGAGAAAUCGAAUUGAUCACAGCUCUUCCUUGAGUUUCCUCGACAAAGCGGCUAUGAAGACCAGCCAAACUUCAUCAUGGAUGCUUUGUACAGUGACACAAGUUGAGGAAACUAAACAAAUGACAAAAAUGAUUCCUAUUUUGAUUACAACAAUUAUCCCAAGCACGUUGAUAGUUCAAUCAACCACACUCUUCAUUAAACAAGGCACCACACUAGACAGGAGUAUGGGGCCACAUUUUGAUAUCCCUCCAGCAUCUCUCACAGCAUUUAUAACUAUCUUCAUGCUAAUAAGCAUUGUAGUCUACGACCGUGCUUUUGUGCCCAUGGUCCGGCGAUACACAAAGAAUCCCAGAGGAAUCACAAUGUUGCAGAGAUUAGGAAUUGGUCUAGUGUUGCACAUCGCUAUAAUGGUCACUGCAUGCUUGGCUGAGAGGAAAAGACUCCGCGUUGCAAGAGAAAACAAUCUCUUUGGCCGGCAUGAUACGAUUCCCCUUACAAUUUUUAUUCUCCUCCCUCAGUUUGCAUUGGGAGGGGUCGCCGAUAGCUUCGUCGAAAUUGCCAAACUAGAGUUCUUCUAUGAUCAAGCACCAGAAGGCAUGAAGAGUCUUGGAACAUCAUAUUUCACAACCAGCUUGGGUUUAGGAAGUUUUCUAAGUACUUUCCUUCUUUCAAUUGUUGCUAAUAUCACUGAGAGACAAGGUCACAAAGGUUGGAUUUUAGAUAACCUAAAUAUCUCCCGUUUAGAUCAUUACUAUCUAUUCAUGGCAGUGCUAAGCUCACUCAACUUCCUUUGCUUUGUGGUUGUUGCAAAGUCAUUUGUAUAUAAUGUUGAUGUCAAACAAAACAAAUCAGGUUUGGAGAUGAACCUAGCUUCAUCUCAGAACAAUGUUAGAAUAAGCCAAAGCAGUCUACAACAAGACGCCCAGUCCUAG